AUGACGCCCGCGGUGACGCGCGAGGACGCGCGCGAGAAAGUCCCCACGGUGUCGCUCGAACUGUACGCGAAAGAUUUCGAAAAGUUUGUCCACGACCUGGGAGAGGCGUACGAGCGAUACGGAUUCGUCAUCUUGGAAAAUCAUGGGAUCGAUCUGGAACUCAUCGAACGCGCGAUGGAACGCUCGAAGGCGUUCUUUGCGUGCGAUGAGGAAUGUAAGAAGAAGUACACGCUGCGCGGGUUGGGCGGCGCGCGCGGGUACACGGCGUUCGGAGUGGAGACGGCGAAGGGAGCGAACGCGCCUGAUUUGAAAGAGUUUUGGCACCUCGGGCGAGACUUGCCGGCGGGCCAUAAGUACGAGUCGACGAUGCCGCCGAAUGUGGAUGACGUGGUGGAAGUCGAAGGGUUUAGCGAAGUGAAUAAGCAAAUCUUCAACGCUCUAGAUGAGCUCGGGAAUUGCGUGCUCGAGGCGCUGGCGGUGCAUCUGGAACAACCGCGCGAGUAUUUCGCAGAUAAGACGAACGAAGGCAACAGUAUUUUGCGUAUCAUUCACUAUCCACCAAUUCCGCCUGAUGCUGCGGGGCGCGUGCGCGCUGGUGCGCACGAGGAUAUCAAUCUCAUCACGCUCCUGCUCGGCGCCGACGAGGGUGGUUUGCAACUCUUGGGAAAGGAUGGAGAGUGGCUCGAAGUCAACCCGCCUCCCGGAUGCGUGACGUGCAACAUCGGUGACAUGCUGCAACGCCUGUCGAAUCACAAGCUUCCUUCGACGACGCACCGUGUCGUGAAUCCUCCCGCGGAACGGGCGCACAUUCCUCGAUAUUCCAUGCCAUUCUUUUUACAUCCAAAUCCAGACUUCGUCAUCAAAACGCUGGAGUCGUGCAUUUCGGAUCAGUAUCCCAAUCGCUAUCCAGAGCCCAUUAGCUCUGAUGAAUACUUGCAGCAACGCCUUCGAGAGAUUAAACUCAAAUCAUGA